CGCAUUCGAUCACAAAUUUAUAUUAGUGCUCCACUGAUCUAUGUUCCCUAUAUAAACGACGAUGGCUAGUUUAUAUGGAUAUGAUACCAAAAAUGGUGCGCCAACCUCAUCACAUUGUGUCGCUUUCAUCGCGUUAUUUGGUAUCACUACAUUGAUUCACAUAUUCCAAUCGAUACACACAAGGAAAUGGUGGUUGUUAGCAACUGUCCCUAUAUGCGGUAUACUAGAGCUUAUAGGUUGGAGUGCUAGAUACAUUUCAACACAGCAUCCCGAUAAUGUCGACGCAUACACCUGCCAAUUAGCUACUUUGAUAAUUGCACCAUGCUUCUUCACAGCAAUGACAUAUACUUUAUUAGGCUUGAUUAUAAAAGAACAAGGCCCAAAGUAUUCAUCUAUGCCUCCAAAAGCAUUCGGAAUAACAUUUAUCUGUAAUGACAUAAUAAGCAUACUCAUACAAGCUUGUGGUGGUGCUAUGGCCUCAUUCGCUUUGCAUUCAGAUGACCCUGAGGCUGACCCCGAGAAUGGUGGCCAUGUCAUGCUUGGCGGAAUCGUAUACCAAUUCGUUUGCUUGGUAGUCUACUGCGGGUUUCUUUUAGAAUAUCAGUUACGCAAAUAUGAAAACUGGCCAUGCAAAAGAAGAUGGAAUAAUGGUACAGCAAUAAUGCGUGAUCAUGAUCGGGAAAUAACCAAAAGACGUCUUGCUAUUAUUAUGCUUGUUUUAACAUCUGCACUAUUAUUAGUAAGAAGCGCAUAUAGAAUAGCAGAAUUGGAUGAUGGUUUCUCCGGUAAACUGAUACAAACAGAAUGGGCGUUGGAUGCUCUAGACGGUGGUAUGAUCGUCGCGUCUAUGUUCAUUGUCAACUUCCUUCAUCCUGGCUAUCUGCAAGCCAAGACACAAGGGCAGCGCAAUGAAUAUAUGAAGCAAUACUACUAAAGUGCAUAGCCUAGAGUUAUACCAUUCAGUUAAUCGUCGUAUAUCCAAACAAACCAUCGCAUACGUUCUUUACUCAAUUACAGAAGAUAAAAAUAGUAUCAAACUGCGUUUGAUAUAACAAUACACUCCUUACACUCCUUAAUAUAGCUUUGUUAUAAAAUGUCUAUCUUUCACUAUACAAUUUGUACUUUUAUUUCUUCUUUCC